UGUCAGUCAAAUUGACAAACAACGUUAGAGUUGAUUUUCGAUCCAUUUCAACGACACAGUGCCAUUUCACACGCAUCACUCCUUCCUUGGCCACCAUUCUUUUUUUAUGUGGUGCUACUCAUUCCCCUUCACGCACAUUGCCUCUUCCAAAACACACUUAUCCCUUUCCAUACACCAAACACCGCCAUUGGCCCACAUCACGCGACGCCGUCGUUUAGCACCAAACCAACGCUCCUCCUUCCCCACCCUUCGUGUCUCAAUCCACACCCCCCUUAUCGUUUUUGUCCUUCUCUCCCUCUGAUUUUUCGCCAAAUUUGUCUUCUUUUUCUGCCCUCUCCCUGAUUUUUGUUCGCCUCAAAUAAUAUUCUGCAGCUCCUUCUCCCCCCCUUAACUUUUCGAGGAGCUGAACAGAUUCUGGGGGUUCCUUUCUUCUUCUUCUUCUUCUUCUUCUUCUUAUUAUUAUUAUUAUUAUUAUUAUUAUUAUUAUUCAUUUUUCAUUCUCUCCUAGUUUUUUUUCUUCUUCUUGGUGUUAUGGUUUUGUCACAGUCUUUCUACGAUAUGUUGGAGAACCCUGCAAUAUUGGGUCUGUGCACAGUUAUUGGAAUGUUUUUUAGUCCUCUGUGGGUAACAUUUUUCUUUGGUGUCAUCGUUGGAUGGUUGUGGAAACCGAAAUGGGCGAGGUUGGGGGAAAAAAAAUUGGCGACUUCCCUCGCCAAAUCCUUAGAUUUUGCCUCACCCUCCUCGGCUUCUUCGCCUUCUAAGUUUCCAGUGUCUCCUAUGAAGAGUUGUUCUUCCUCUCCUUGCCUGAAUUCCAUUAAAAUGCUACCUCCAAACCCUGAAUCUUUGCUCCUCAAAAAAGGGGUGGAUAAAAAGGCUUCCUCAUCAUCCUCACCCGUGAAAUUUGCAAGUUCCGUCAGUUCACCCAAAUCCUGCGAGGAAACUUCUGAGGCUGUGACAAUGGCGGAUUUACAUCAUCUAUGGCAGCUUGUGGAGGAGAAAGAUGGAGGUCUCCCUUGGAUUCAGAUGAUGGAUCGUUCUACCCCCACCAUGAGUUACAAAGCAUGGCGUAGAGAACCAAAGGAUGGUCCUCCCCAAUAUCGAAGCAGCACUAUUUUUGAAGAUGCUACCCCUGAGAUGGUGAGGGACUUGUUUUGGGAUGAUGAGUUCCGACCGAGAUGGGAUGACAUGCUUGCAUCCUCCUCAAUCAUUGAAGAGUGUCCCACUACUGGUACCAUGAAAGUGCAGUGGAUACGGAAGUUUCCCUUUUUCUGUAAAGAUAGAGAAUACAUAAUUGGUCGGAGAAUCUGGGAAUCUGGAAGGCAUUACUAUUGUGUGACUAAGGGAGUAGAUUGUCCUUUAAUCCCUAAAAAAGAUAAACCUAGACGUGUUGAUGUGUACUACUCUAGUUGGUGCAUUAGAGCAGUGGAAUCAAAUAGAGGUAAUGGCCAGUUAACUGCCUGUGAAGUCUUGCUCUUCCAUCAUGAAGAAAUGGGCAUUCCAUGGGAGAUUGCAAAGCUUGGAGUAAGGAAAGGGAUGUGGGGAACUGUUCAGAAGAUUGAACCUGGUUUGCGAGCGUAUCAAGAAGCAAGAGCUUCUGGUGCUGCACUCUCUCAUUCAGCCUUUAUGGCCCAAGUCAACACAAAAAUAAGUCCUGAGUACUUGCAAUCCAUUGGUGGUGAUGAUAAUUCAGCAGAGAAUGAAAGUUUGGUUGCUUCUGAGAAACCACAGGGCAUGAACAUACCAAAGAUGCUAGUCAUUGGUGGUGCUGUUGCUCUUGCUUGUAGUCUUGAUAGGGGACUGGUGACAAAGUAUCUUCUAUUUGGUGUUGCUAGAAGAUUUGCUAAUAUAGGUAAAAGAUAGUUAAAAAUAGAGGUGGAAACAGCAUUGUCUUGGAUGCCAUUCUUUUGGACGAUCCACAUUACCCUUGUAGUCACGUUAUUAUUACCUGAAAAUUUAGAGGCUCUAUUGUGGACCAAAUAAGUUAUAAUUCAACAAUAAACCAAGGGAAAUGAGAAAACCCCGGGUUGCUGGAGGUAGUAGAUGACGAUUUUUUUUUCUUGGACCAUAGUAGUUGUUGGUCAAGACUAUGGAAUUUCAAGCUGUGCAUGGUUGUAUAAACUAAGUAGCAAUUAAAAAGGAAAUACAACAAAUAGUAUUUUAGUUACUUAUUCUUCCUUUUUUCUACAUUUUUCAGCUACUCCUCUUAUGUAAUUGCUUUAUGGGUUUAUGAAUUAUCAAUACCCCACUUAUUGUAA